AUGGAAGAUCAGGCCUACCUUGAGCCUGACUUUGAUCCAAACAGCCUGACUGUGCCGCGCUUGAGGUCCAUACUGGUCGCGCAUAACAUCAACUACCCUUCCUCUGCCAAGAAGGGUCAGCUCAUUGAGAUCUUCAACGAGCAAGUCGUGUCCCAAGCGCGCAAACUGCGCACGGCCAACUCGCGAGUGAAGCGUACAAGCAAAGGCAUCGAAGAUGUACCCAGCAGUCAUGCGACCGCGAACGGCGAACAUGAAGAGGACGAUAUCGAUGCACGGCCUGCGCCACCGUCGACCUUGAGAAAGAGUGGGAGCAGAAGAACGACACGUGCGCGGACUGAGGAGGCACAAGAAGUGGCGCCCACGCCCAGAAGUGUGCGACAUAGUACUGCGCCACCUGACGAACCGGUAAGGCGGCUGUCAAGUAAGCAUGUGCGCGGAGAUGGCAUGGUGCAGGAAGAGCCUGAGCGCGAAAGGCCUGCUUCGAAGAAGUCAAGAUUUAGUGCUGUCACGCCGCAUGUAAGGUCGGAUCGCGCGCAGCAGGAUGAGAGUCCGUUCUCAGAUGUCAAUGUCUUCCAAACGGGUAGCUCUCCACCCCCAGGACCACGCAGUCGCGAGCCUGAGCGGAGACAGACGGCCGCACCCUCAGCGAGCAGGGAUGCCCAGCGGAGACAGAGCGGCGACGGCAGGAGACAGACUGAGAAUGCACGUCCGGUAAAGGAACAGACGGAUGGCGCAAUCUUGCCUACUCGGCGAAUGUUCGACAUGCCCGUUGCGCGAGUAAAGAAGGAGCAGGAGGCGCAGCCAACUGAAGAAUUCACGCCCGAGGAGCAUCAAGAGCUUGUGCAGGCGAAGCAAUCCGGUCAACUUGUACCCGCCCCACGCAGAGCGCGCCCAGCAGCCAACGCCGCUCGAACCGGGGUAGGUGCGAUCGCCGCAGCAAUGCUGCUCGGCCUAGCCGCAGUCUGGAGACAAGAAAAGGUCGAAGUCGGCUACUGUGGUGUCGGUCGUCCCACUACCGAGCUGGCCGGUGUCAAGAUCCCAGAGUGGGCGGAGUUCAUACGUCCGCAGUGUGAGCCGUGUCCGCCUCAUGCUUAUUGUGGCGAGAAGCUUGAGACGAUGUGUGAGCCAGACUUUGUGCUCACGCCGCAUCCACUGUCACUGGGAGGACUGCUGCCGUUAGCACCGAGCUGCGAGCCAGACAGCGCGAAAGCGAGGAAGGUCAGUGCCGUAAAGGAGCGCGCAGUCGAAGAGCUGCGAGAGCGGAAUGCGAAGUAUGAGUGCGGCGAGGCCGCGAAGCCACAAGUGCGGGAGACGGAGCUCAAACAAGCCAUCAGCACCAAGAAGCGAAAGGGAAUGAGCAAUGAGGAGUUUGAGGAUCUUUGGGCAAGUGCGAUUGGAGAAAUACGCCGCGCUGACGAGGUCGUCAGUGGUGCUGACGGAUCCGGCCACCUUACCCUCCGCUCCCACUCGCUCGCCCGAAUCCCACUCGCCUGCGCAAUCCGAAGAUCGCUACUCCAAACACUUGGACAGUAUAUUUGGCAGCUUAUAGUCAUUGUCAUCGUGCUGUCCUCGGGCGGCUAUGCUCGUUAUCGCAUUACCAGCGGCGCGGAAACGGAACGCAAAGCGAAGGAGCUGGCAGGUCUGGCGUUAGAGAAAUUGAGCCAGCAAGCCGCUCUGCACGCCUAUGACCCGGACGCAUAUGGAGACAGCUACAUCAGCGUCGCGCAGCUAAGGGACGAUGUGCUUAGGGAGGAGUUUAGCGCGAGUCGACGAAAGGCGCUCUGGGAGAAGGUGCAGAGGAAGGUGGAGGGUAAUAGUAACGUCAGACCCAUGGUGCGAGAAGGGCGUAGUGGUGAUGUUGGACGUGUGUGGGAUUGGGUUGGUGCUGUGCAGAUGAUUGAGGGGACUCCGAGCACCGUCGACAGGAGGAAGAGUGGCAGGGUCAGCUUUGGUGGUGUGACGGAGGAGAGGCUGAUCGAGCCGAGACGUGAGGAGAUGACUGAGGUGCAGAAGUGGAAGGAGGGUGGGAAGUACUAUUGA